AUGUUGUUCUUCAGUUUGAGGCAAUUAUGCCGACUGCGGCAAUCCCUAUCGGUGUCUCAAUCGAGCAAUACAUUGUAUCAGCGCUACUAUGGCAGUCAAGCUAAAAUCAACAAAGAUACGAUCGAUUUGUACCGUCAGCAGUACACACGAGAUUCGUGGACAAACCUUACGCCGAAAGUGCUUUCACAUCUGGACAGAAACUUACAUCUGCAGCGCAAUCAUCCACUGUCGAUUGUGCGUGAGAAAAUAGUAAAAUACUUCUACGGAGCAUACAUAAGCCCUCGAGGAAAUCCUUUAUUCAGUGUGUACGACAACUUGAGUGCAGUGGUUUCCAUAGAGCAAAACUUUGACCAGCUGCUUAUACCCCAGAACCAUCCGAGUCGAGCGAAAAGUGAUUGCUACUAUGUUAACAAAGAUUAUAUGCUACGAGCGCACACAACGGCCCACCAGGUUGAGCUAAUUCAGGCCGGUUUGGACAACUUCCUUGUGGUCGGAGACGUGUACCGGCGUGAUGAAAUCGAUUCAACGCACUACCCUGUUUUUCAUCAGCUAGAUGCUGUUCGCAUCGUGCACCAGGACAAGCUUUUUGAACGUAAUCCGGAGCUAAAAGUUCUCGAAACACACUUCAAAACACACUUGUCCAAUGGGAACCCCGCCACCGGAACAACUAGCCCACUAGCCGAUUGUAUCGAUCAGCACAAACAGCCUUGUCACACGCUAGAGGCCGUUAAAUUGUGUGAACAUGAGAUGAAGAAAAUCCUCGUUGGUUUGGUACAGUCACUGUUUGGGGUUGGCAUCAAGUAUCGCUGGGUUGAUGCCUAUUUCCCAUUCACACAGCCAUCGUGGGAGCUAGAAAUUUUUUUCAACGGCACGUGGCUUGAAAUCCUAGGUGGCGGCAUUACGCGCAAUGAAAUCCUUGAAAGGGCGGGAGUUCAAAAUUCAAUUGCCUACGCUUUUGGUGUGGGAUUGGAACGUUUGGCUAUGAUACUAUUUGAAAUACCAGAUAUAAGAUUGUUUUGGAGUAGCGAUAGUGGGUUCUUAAACCAGUUUCGCGACGAUCGAAUCGUAAAGUACAAACCCAUAUCGCAAUUCCCACAGUGUUCCAAUGAUUUGUCUUUCUGGCUUCCUGAGGCUAUGUCGGCUGAUCAAUUCUCCGUGAAUGAUUUCUAUGAUAUUGUUCGGAAUGUCGGUGGCGAUAUGGUUGAACAGGUGACACUUAUCGACCGCUUUACACACCCUAAAACAGGCAAAUGUAGCCUCUGCUUUCGUAUCGUCUACCGACACAUGGAACGCACCCUGACACAGUCGGAAGUGAAUUUAGUGCAUGCCAAGAUUGGUACUGAAUUGGUUGAAUCAUACAAUGUUAGCAUACGAUAAGAAGAACUAAAGCUAUUAGUAU